AUACGCCAUAAUUAUGAGCAAACGUUACUUUCUUUGUCCUAAUAAAUUCUUUUCAAAAGAAAAAAAAAAAAUCAGAUCCUACAUCCGAGACCACCAGCUCAUGCUUGAGGCAAAACCGUAAUUUCGCCACAAAUCAAACCCAUUCAAUUCCAAAACUCCGAUUUAUAAAUACAUUUACAUGCGUAUGUAACACACUAUAUAUACUCUCAAUAAACAGACAAGCACCGGCAGCACCCGCCGCCGGUGGAACCCAUUAGCAAAGCACCACAACACAAGAACCUUCUCAUUCCCUUCUUCUUCUCCUUCCUCCUCAUCUUCUACCCAUUUUCCAUUUUAUAAAAAUUCGAAUACCCAAUUGGGAAAAAGCAAACAACUUUGCUAACACUCGGUGAAAAAAAAAAAACGCAUUCCGCCUUCAGUCCUUCGUUUCGCAUUGAGCUCUGUUUCUUUUCCAGAUGAAACGGCGAUGAAGUAGCUGUCGUUUUUCGAAUCAGAACGCCACCGCAGAAUGCUGUGCAGGAGGAGCUCCAAAAACGGCGUCGGCUCGGGAUCGGUGCCGGUGCACCUCAACGUCUACGAUCUGACACCCAUCAACGGUUACGCUUACUGGUUCGGCCUCGGAGUGUACCAUUCUGGCGUGCAAGUUCAUGACGUUGAGUUUGCGUUCGGGGCUCACGAGUAUCCUUCGACGGGGAUAUUCGAAGGGGAACCGAAGAGGUGCGAAGGUUUCGCGUUCAGGAAAACGAUUCUGAUCGGAAAAACUGAUAUGGGACCCUGUGAGGUUAGGGCAGUGAUGGAAGAACUUGCUGCUGAGUACAGAGGGAAUGCUUACAAUCUCAUCACAAAGAAUUGCAACCAUUUCUGCAACGAUGCUUGUCUUAGACUCACCGGAAAUCCUAUUCCAAGUUGGGUCAAUCGUCUUGCUCGAAUUGGAUUUAUGUGCAAUUGUGUUCUUCCCGUGACAUUGAACUCAACAAAAGUUAGGCAUCACAAGAUAGAAGACAAACAAUGUGAAGAAGAGAAGCAAGCAUUAGCGAGUGAGCCAAAGAAGCUUAAUUCUUCAAAUUCAUCUUCCCCUAAGGGACUGCGUAGGGGAAGGAGUAGAACUCGACGUGCCCUCCCUCCAUAUUCACCUUUGAUUAUUGGUUCUUCUUCAUCUUGAUGCCCAAACUCUUGAUUUUUUUUCUUCCUCUUUUUGAUUUGGCCAAUUACAGAAGUUGCUCUAACGAAGAAAGGCAACAGAUUGGAUUUUCAAUUUAAAAUUGUUUUUCUUCA